GGCUGACGUCACUAACAUGCGCCCGGUGUUUACUCGCGAUCGUGACAAAUUGAACAAGAACAAUUUAAUCUGGAUUAAAAUCAUUGUUUAUUCUACGUUAAACUGCAUCCACAUGCGGAUCUGUCCUUGAAUUAAAAGAAUAUGAUAAUAUAACAACAGAAGAGAAGGUAAUCUGACGCCGUUUGAGGUGGAUUUAGUCCAGAUGUUGCUGUGAUUGGAGGAUGUGACGUUUAAAAAGCACAGACCUGGAUAAAGUAAUUAUUUAAAGAUCACCAUGAAGUUUUAACUCCUAAAAACACGCAUGGAUGAGAAGGAAGACCUAGAGACACUGGGCGAGCAGCUGUACCCUCUGAUUCACCCCAAACACCAGGAAAAUGCUGCAAAACUGACAGGCAUGUUGUUGGAGCUGCCAGGCCCAGUGCUGGUCCAGAUGCUGCAGGAUGAGGCCCUGUUGUCUGAGGCUGUGGAGAAAGCUGUGCGAGCCCUGCAGCUCGCUGCCGACUCCAGUGAGCGAACUCUUAAGGAGGAGGACGAUGUGUCCACGUCCUCCGACGCUCUGGGAGAGCAGCUGUUUGAGCUGGUGGACGUUUACAACACCGGCCAUUCACAGAAGAUCACAGGAAUGCUUCUGGAGCAGCACAGAGACGCCGUGUUGAAGCUGCUGUCAGACUCCAGACUGCUGGACGAGCAGGUGACACUCGCCCUCAAGACGCUGGAGGAGCAGAUCGCGGAAGAGACGGACGUCGGCGACAGGUCGGACGCCGACGAGACAGAGCGGCUCGGAGAGAAGCUCUUCAUCCUGGUGGAGAAGAUGGAUCCGCUUCAUGCAGGCGAUAUCACAGGCAUGCUGCUGGAAAUGGACCCGGCCGUCCUCCACCAGCUGCUCAGCGACCGCGCCAUGCUGGAGCUGGCCGUUCACAAAGCACAAGCGGCGCUGGAGGUCGAGAGCUGAGCUGUUCCACCUUCAGAUCAUCUGAGGAGGAGGAGAGGAGCUGAGCUGUUCCACCUUAGACCGGAAGAGGAGAGGAGCUGGGGCAGAGUUUUUCCUGAACGCUGUGAAUCAGUGUGGAAAGUGCUGAACCCGGACCUGAGCUCGUCUGGAGGCCAGACUUCCAGUUUCCAGAGAUUUCUCCUGCUCUGAACCAAAAGCUGCUUCUGUUUCGUCACUGUUGAUUUUCUCACAAAGUUCACUUGUUCAAAAUGUUUUUGUCAAUGUAAAAAGCCAGAAAAUUAUAAUAUAAAUUGAAACAUGUUUUGAUUGGCUGCUGUUGUGGAUGUAACUGAAAAUUGAGUACAGUUUCUAUAUAGUAGUGGAGUUACUUUUUUAAUGCAAAUCAAAUGUAACUGCUGCAUUAAUUUAGUUUGCUGCAUGAACAAUUCAGAAGAGGGUUUUUCCAUCAACAGCAUAAAUGAAUGGAACAGAAAGUCGUACUUUGAACACGUUCAAACAUGCACAUUAUGGAACGUGGACCAAUCCAUUUCUUUUGUCUAUUUCACACUAAACUGUAAUAUAAGAAUAAAGCAGGCACUUUCUUUUAAGUUAAUUCACUGUAAUUGUAUGUUUUAAGCCAGAGGCCAUAAUCACGGCAAAAUAAAAAAAUAGGUUUUUAAGAAAUGUUCUGAAUAUUACAUUAUUAAAUUCUUUCACUUUUUCUAAUUUUCUAUAACAUUUAACAUUUUAGGAUAGCUCAAGUGAAAACUUUUGAAGCGUGUGUGUGUGUGUGUGUGUGUGUGUGUGUGUGUGUGUGUGUGUGUGUGUGUGUGUGUGUGUGUGUGUGUGUGUAAAAUGUAAAUUUUGUAGAAUGCCAUGUUUCACACACUGUUCCACUCAACUUUACUUCACAAACUGCAGCGAUCUGGAUCCUGAUCCUGGUGUUAGCAUUAAUAAAAACAGUCAUACUGAU